AGUAAAGUCACUUCCAAACCUAAUAUAAAUAAAUCAAAUAAGGAUUGAUGGGGAGCAUCUGUGACUACUGAGGCAAGCUCGUCCUGCAAAAUGCUCUAUGGCCGAGACUUCUUGGGGCGAGUGGUACUUGGGAGAGAGGUGCUGGCACCAAACCUCAUAUGAGGUCAGUUUUCUUGUCCUACACCUCAGCCCACCCGCCACCCCCUCUGUGAUAUCACCGAUAUCCAUUCUCCGAUCCCACACCUGCAGAGAUUUUGUACCAGCUUCCGUGGAUACGACGUCAGCCUCUACAUGGCCAAAUAGAUAAACAGAUCUCACCGACUAUUGAAUCGCGUUCGUCGAUCUGCAACCGAAAUACUCAAAGUACCGAAAAUCUUCCAUUGGCUCAGUAGCGGAAUCUCCAGGUAGUGUAACAAUUGAAGUUGACUAAAUGACUGACAAUACUAAAGAAGCAGAUUCCCAGGAUCCUACCCUCAAGGGAAACAUACUCCCAGAAAAUGAAAAUGAAAUAUCAGUUGACUCUUUAUCCCGAAAGGUCCAAGAAUCGCUCUCUCUUGCUAAAAGACAUAAGUUCUGGGAAACCCAACCCGUGGGCCAGUUCAAGGACCUUGCCGAUACAAGCCUGAAUGAUGGUCCAAUUGAGCCUCCAACUCCACUGUCCGAGGUAAAACAAGAGCCUUACAAUCUUCCUGCUCAGUAUGAGUGGAUUACUUGUGACAUGGACUGUGAAGAUAUGUGCAUGGAGGUUUACAAUCUCCUCACACAUAAUUACGUAGAGGAUGAUGAAAACAUGUUCAGGUUCAACUAUUCCAAGGAGUUUCUUGGGUGGGCUCUUCGUCCUCCGGGCUAUUACAGAAGUUGGCACAUAGGGGUCCAGGCCAAGAGUUCAAAAAAGCUGGUCGCUUUUAUCACCGGGAUACCUGCAAAGAUACGCGUCCAUGACUCCAUCGUGAACAUGGCUGAGGUCAAUUUUCUAUGUGUUCAUAAGAAGCUAAGAUCGAAACGUCUUGCUCCUGUCAUGAUCAAAGAAGUCACAAGGAGAGUUCACCUGAAGAAUGUAUGGCAAGCAGCUUAUACAGCUGGAGUAGUCCUUCCCACACCCAUAACAACAUGCCAAUAUUGGCAUAGGUCAUUGAAUCCUAAGAAACUUAUCGAUGUUGGGUUUUCAAGACUUGGUGCUAGGAUGACAAUGAGCCGGACUAUAAAGCUGUACAAGUUACCUGACCAGACAUCCACCCGCGGGUUCAGGAAAAUGGAGCCGCAUGAUGUUCCUGCUGUAACCCGUCUGCUAAGACACUACUUGAAUCAGUUUGUCGUUGCACCCGAAUUUGAUGAAAAUGAUGUCGAGCAUUGGCUUCUUCCAAAGGAGGGUGUCGUUGAUAGCUAUCUUGUUGAGAGCCCAGAGACACAUGAAAUAACUGAUUUCUGUAGCUUUUAUACUCUUCCUUCAUCAAUACUCGGGAGUCAGAAUUACUCCACCCUAAAGGCUGCUUAUUCUUAUUACAACGUGUCGACAAAGACACCGUUGGUUCAGUUGAUCAAUGAUGCUCUUAUUGUGGCAAAGCAAAAGGAUUUUGAUGUUUUUAAUACUUUGGACGUUAUGCACAAUGAAAGCUUCUUGAAGGAACUGAAGUUUGGUCCUGGGGACGGAAAACUUCACUACUAUCUGUACAACUAUCGGGUAAGGCACGUUUUGAGGCCAUCGGAACUCGGGCUUGUGCUCUUGUAGUUUGCAAAACAACUUGGAUCUGCCAGAGCCUGAGGUUGUUUUUUGGUAAGUCUGCUCAUUUGUGUGCUUUUUUAAAAGACAGCAUUAUUUAUCCUUUUUAUAUUUGGGGUUUUUGAGUGAGGUCGGCUGUCGAUGGAUAGACAAACUUUGCAACAUAACUUUUGUGACUGAUGAACUAUUUAAUUGCUCGACUAUUGGCAAUUUCCAUGAGACUCAUCAUGCUACUUGUCUAAUGCACAUUGUUGAGGUUGUCAAACAAUUGUACCUUAACCACCUUUCUGUCCAAUUGUUGUCUCAACAUCAUCAUGGUAUCUGUUUUUAUUGCCCCCACCCCUAGCAGUUAGCUGUGUGCUAACUGCUUGUUUUGGUUCAAGAGAGAACAAGUGGUGUUCUUUAUCUCGUUAAACAUGAUGACCUCUAAUCAUUUGUGAAGCCUAAUGUAGCUAGAAAGUAAUGAAUACUUUACAGACUCGAGUAACUUGCAG